UGCCUUAAAAGCCAUAAAAGGCUUAAGUAUGGAGUGGUGAUGCUGGGAGCCCGCACGCACACGCGGCUGCUGCUCCGAGGAGGAGAGCAGAUGGGGAAACACCCUCCUCCGUGACCGUCCUACAUCUUCCAGAGGGGGAACAGCAGCGCCGCUGGAUUUAUGGAUCGGGCUCUGCAUGAGCUCCUGAGGCAGGUCUGGAUCGGCGGGAUUUGUGGAGAUGGAAUGAAAGCAUAACCACUCCCCCCCACCAUGGAGCUGGCCAACACCAAGGACUUCCAGUGGAAAUCCCUGGCCCCGCUCCCGAGCCGCAGGGUUUACUCCACGCUGGUGGAGGCCGGGGGACAGGUCUUCGCCAUCGGGGGCUGCGACGACAACGGGGUCCCCGUGGACUCCUUCGAGGUCUAUUCCCCCGAGGCCGACCAGUGGACAGCCCUGCCCCCCAUGCCCACGGCCCGGGCAGGGGUGGCCGUGGCCACGCUGGGCAAGAGGAUCAUGGUGGUCGGAGGGGUCGGGGCCAACCAGCUGCCGCUGAAGGUGGUGGAGAUGUACAACGUGGACGAGGGCAGGUGGAAGAAGAGGAGCUCGCUGAGGGAGGCGGCCAUGGGCAUCUCGGUGACGGCCAAAGACUACAGGGUGUAUGCAGCUGGCGGGAUGGGAUCUGACCUGCGGCCACACAACUUCCUGCAGCACUAUGACAUGCUCAAGGACAUCUGGGUGUCCCUGGCAGCCAUGCCCACACCCCGCUACGCUGCCACCUCCUUCCUCAGGGGCACCAAGAUCUACGUGCUGGGUGGAAGGCAGUCCAAGUACGCCGUCAACGCCUUCGAGGUCUUCGACACGGACACCAGGUCGUGGACCAAGUUUCCAAACAUCCCCAACAAAAGGGCCUUCUCCAGCUUCGUGCCCACGGAGGACAGGCUGUUCAGCCUCGGGGGGCUGCGGCAGGGGCGGCUCUACAGGCAGCCCAAGUUCAUGAGGACCGUGGACGUGUUUGACGUGGAGCAAGGUGGCUGGAUGAAGAUGGAGCGCUCCUGCUACCUGAAGAAGAGGCGAGCAGACUUCGUGGCUGGGUACCUGAAAGGCAGAGUUGUCGUGGCUGGGGGACUAGGAAACCAGCCAACCGUCCUGGAGUCUGCAGAGGCCUUUCACCCCGAGAAGAACAAGUGGGAGAGCCUCCCCCCCAUGCCCACCCCGCGCUGUGCCUGCUCCAGCAUCGUGGUGCGGAACUGCCUGCUGGCCGUGGGGGGGGUGAGCCAGGGCCUGAGCACGGCUGUGGAGGCCCUGUGCCUCUCAGAUUCCUAGCUGGAUUCCCAGCUGGAUCCUGCCUGGAGCAGGACCUGCCCCUCACUGGCCCUGGCAGUGGCGUUGGUGGUGGUGCUGGCAGCUCCCGGGGUCAGGUGAGUGCCACCCAAGUUGUGCUGGGAGCUUGGAAGCCCAGCUCUGGAGCCACCGGACAGAGCUGCUGGUCCUCUGCUGGGCACUGCUGUUGGAGCCCCAUGGAGGGACCCCCUGUUUGGCCAGGGGUCCCCUCCAGUCACCUUCAGAGCUCUGUGGGGAGAUUGAGGUGAAGGAACUGCUCUCAGCGCCGGUACCGUGUCUCCUGCCCACGGGAGAUCUGGGAAUUGUCUCCCUGCAGCCAUCCAAAGGGUUUGGAGGUGUUGGGGCUAUCCAGCCAGGUCAGUGGUGGCUCGGGGAGGACUGUUGUGGUGUUGCCCUUUUUGAGCAUCCUGGGAUCUCUGUGCUUCCCUGCACUGAUCCCUUUGGCUGCAGCCAGGGAACCUCCGAGCCUGCAGCCAGAUCCAGGGGAUCAUUCCUUUGCCUUCCUAGCAAGGCUUUUCCUGCAGACCUGUAGCAUUUGCCUGGCACUUGGGCAGAACCUGGAGCCAGGGGCUGCCAGUGCUCCCUGAGGGAUGAAUGCCCAAGGGGGGGGGAAAGACCUUCCUUUUGGCACAGGAUGAGCACAGAUCCUGCCUUUGCUGGGCUUCGUGCAGAGAUGGCCUCAAGUCACAACGUUCCAACCUGGUUUUAGCUACUUUAAUCCUUUGGGAUCUUCCCUUCAACCCUAGGAGAAAGGAGCAAACUGAGCUGUGCCUCUGGUUCUGGCACACUCUCACCCCGGGGACAGGCAGUGGUUUGGGUGAGGCAAAAAAUCCCCCCCAGGCACCCCUGGCCAUUGCCCCUGCUUUGGUUUCACUCUUCCCAGGCAGUUUUUGGGGUACAAUUCCAGCUUGUAGCAGUUGCACCAUUAAAAUUGUCUUUGGAGAAGCCCCUGGGGGAUCCCGUUCUGUGCUCUGGGGCUGUGCCAGAGGGGUGUGACUGUGAGAAAAUGUGGGACCCAGACUGGAAAGGAGGAGAGGUGGGAGUCCGGGAUCGUGGAAUCACAGAAUGCUCUGGGUUGAAAGGGACCUCACAGGCCGUGUCAUUCCAUGGGCAGGGACACCUGGGCAGCCUAAACCGGGUUGCUCCAACCUGGCCUGGGACACCCCAGGGAUGGGCAGCGAUGUGACCCCAUCGUUUGUCCUCUCCCGAGGCGUCACCUCUGUCAUUAAGCGGUCCCGGGGCUGCGGGAUGGGGGGUCCCUGUGUCACCGCGGUGUCACACGGAGGGUGCGGGGGCUCUGCCGCGGAGCACCGAGGACACCGUGCGGCGGCCGCGGACACAGCGGGGCCGGGCAUCGCUCCCGCCGCUUCCCGGGAGCGGGAGAGGAUCCCAUCGGCCGGCACCCGGCUCCUUCUCCAAGCUGGAUCCCCCACAUCCCGCAGCUGGGAUGGCAGGGAAAAGGCACCAGCUCUGCCGCUGCCCCCCUGCCCACGAUGCACAUCCCGCCUGCCUGGCUGCACCCACGGCUGUGGCAGCGCCUGUCAGGGAGUCACGGGCUGGUUUGGGUGGGAAAGGACCUUAAAAACCAUCCAGUUCCAACCCCCUGCCGUGGGCAGGGACACCUCCCACUAGGCCAGGUUGCUGUGCCCGUCCCCUGCCACGCUCCCACCUGUGGAAUCUUGGGGUUUUCUUCACUUAGGCACCGUGGUUUGGAAGGUGGAUAAAUGCAAAUAGCUGAUGGCAGGAAGGAGCCCUGUGUAGCUGCACAGCCCUGGCUGGGAUGGAGGGCCAGGUGUUUCUCUCUGACCACAUCCCUGGGUGACUCGAGGGCUGCUGGGUCUGGCAGAGCUGAGGGAAGGGGCUCAGAGCACCCCCCUGCAUGUGGGUGCUGCCUCCUGAGCCCUGAAUGCUCACAAAUCAUCCCUUUGAACUACAAAAACCCGAGGAAGAUGGAGGAGGCUUGGAGGGAACGAGGAGCCUUCUCCUCCAGCCCAAACCCUGCCUCUCCCUGCAAAUCUCCAUUUCAGCUGCCUCUGCACAGGGUCUGGCUAUUAAUGAGGAGUUUUCUUUUGUCCUUAAGGAACCUUUCCCACACACACAGCACAGCCUGAUGCUCCUCUGCCCUUGGUUUCUCAUUAGCCCCAAGCCCUGCUCAGCUCAGCAAGGCCGAGGCUCUGGGCUCGGGGCUGCUGUGCUUUGUUGAGCUGGAGAGAGGGGAGGAGGGAUCUGCUGCCUUUGUCUGGCUGCAGCACAGCUGGAGGCUGAGCCUUUGCUUUCUCUCUCUCCAGAAAGGCUGGAGAGAGUGACAGACAAAGCAGUGUCAUGGGAAUAGAGCUGCUGUAAGACUUGACGAAGAGAUGGCAGGGACAGGGGACAGGGCUGGGGUGACAGGCUGUAAUCAAAGCUGGGGAUGUGCUGAGCAUUCAGAGAGGGAGAAAAGAGGAGCUCUGAGUCCCCAUGAAAGGAGAAGCAGGUCCAGGUCAGCUGCCUUUGUAGUGAAUCCCAAGCUCUCACCACCAAACAGGAUCCUGGUACAUCCCUGGCUCUGCUGGGUCCUGGUGGGAACCGGUGGCACUGGGUGCUCCUGGCUGGGGGGACUUUUCCCCAUGUUGGAGCCAAUGCAGAGCCCAGAGGAGGGAGGGUGGCAUUCCCGAGCUGUGGCAUGAGCUGCAGGAUUGAGAACCAUCUCCACCAACGGCUCUCACAGCUGCACCUUGAUCCCUGCCCUUCCCUGGGAUGCUCCUGCUGCCGUGGGAAGCAGGAACCUGCAGGAGAUUUGUCCCAACCUGCUGCUGUUUGUCACCCAAGGGCCGUGCCCGCCCUCCAGGUGAUGGAGGUGUGACCCUGGCCAAGGCUGGGGAGCGGGGAGGGGGAUCAGGUGCUCCUGGUUGUGGGUGCAGGGGGUGGUUUGUGUUGUUUAAGCAGGUUGAAGUGGUUGGUUUGGGCUGAGCUGAGCUCCCAGAGCUCCGAACAGCAGAUGGCAUCCAUGGGCUGAGCUCAGGCUGGAGCAGCACCUCCAGCAGCCCUCCCACUGCCCUGGCCAGGCAGAGAUGGACCACGCUGGUGGGAUGGCUCCAAAAUCCCGUUUUGGGCUGAGCUCCUGUCUCACAGCACAAGGAUCCAGCAAAGAAAUGGAUGUGAAAAGAAAAUGCAUCUUCUCCAGCAUCUUGUUCCCAGUCAUCCCCUCUGACCCAAACACCUUCCAGCAGCUGUGACAGAGCUGAAUUCUGCUCUGGGGUGCAAAUAGUCCUUAAAGCUGCUGUCAGAGUCAGUCAGGAAAAUGUCUCUGGGGUUGCAUCCUGCUGCUGCAGCUCCCUGAGCUCUGCAGUGAAUCCCUAGGGAACAGCCAGCUGCAGAGGUUCUUUCCCUGGGUGAAUGCUGCCUGUGGUUUCCUGCAGAUGAUGCUGAGUGCUUCCAGCCUGAGAACUGGUGCACUUUGGGCCUGCAGGGACCAGGUGAAGCCUCAGCUGUGAGGUUGAGCCCGGUGAUAAAACCAGUGAAACGUGGCCUUUGAUGGGAAUUGCCGGGGGGAGGGGCUUUUCUGGCUGUGUGGGGCAGACAACCAGUGUUUGGGGUGAGGAAUUACGGCAGAUCCCGCUGUUCCCUGGAAUUUUUUGGCUGUUCAGCCUUGGGCAAGCCCAGAGGUGCCCUGUGAGAUGGGGGGUGUGAGUCUGCGUGUCCAGAGGGGAAAGUUGUGUGCAUUGGUGCAACACAGUGCAGCCCCCUGGCACUGCCAGUGCAGUGUCCCUUGGGACCAGGCUCAGGUGUGGCAGCACAGGCAGGGCUGUCUGUGCCUCCCAGAGUGACAGCUCCAGCUGCUCUGUGCUCCCAGGGCACCCACAGAAUUCCCACCCAGCGAGCUCGGGGCUCACCCAGCGCUGCACCCACAUUAUGACAGCACAUACCUGCGAGCCGCUGUCACCUCCAGCUCCUCCUGCUGCCUGUGACAAGCAGAGCUGCUCCCAGGGCUCUCCGGGAGGUGUUUGCAUGAAUUCCCUCGUUUCCCAGCUCAGUGGGUGGCAGACACGCACCGGGGCCUGUUGCACCACCGGGGGUUGGUUGUGUGGUUCCUCCCUGCUCUGCUCCGUGGGAGCUGCUGCCCCGGCUGGGCUCGGUCCUGCCCACACGGGAGGUUUUGUGGCCUCCAGGCUGUUGCUGCCCUGGUACGUUGGGCAGGGUUUUUCCCUCAAAACAAACUCAAACCAAACUGCAGUGUUUGUUCUUGAGGGACAGGGAGUUCAGUGGGCUGCCCACCCCCUCUCACCGCAGGAGUUUGUUGUGCAACCUUAAAAACCCAUUUAGAUGCCAGUUCAGGGUUGUAUUUAAGGGGAGUGCUCAGACCUCAGCACAGAGGACCUGCUGAUGCCAGAGCAGCUGAACCUUUCCUUUAAGUUGUGGACGGUGCUGUAGAGGGAAUACCUUAGAAAUAAAGCAAUCAAAUAUAAAAUAA